AUGGCCCCGAAAAAUGACUUGAGAAGUUCAAGUACACCUUCGACCAAACGCGUAAAGGCAGAGUCUUCGGGAUCGAAUUCAAUGAACCCUCCUGCAGCUGUUCAAGAUACAAUGUUCUUCGAGAUCAAAUACCCGAUUAUGAACCCGAGUAACAAAGCAAAGGUACCAAGACAAAACGCGGAAUGGAAGGAGCAGGCAGAAGAGCAUAUAUCACCUUUCAAAGGCUUCAAUGCUGCAGAGAAGGAACUGAAUCAACACUAUACUGUUUUACCCAAUGCAGAAUGGGCGGCCAUGAGGAAAUAUAACAACUUUAUAAUCCAAGGCGAGACUUUCAAAAGCAACCAAGUUGUUUUUGUAAAGGGCAAGACUGAAGCAGGCACACAACCCAAGGACUUCUGGGUAGCAAGAAUAUUACAGGUUCGAGCUAUAGACCCACAACAUGUCUACGCCCUGAUUGCCUGGAUGUAUUGGCCAGAUGAGUUACCAGCAACGGCCAAAGCCGUCGAUGAAGCAUCUGGAACUUCAGGACAGAGGAAAUAUCACGGAAAUCUUGAACUCAUUGCGAGUAACUAUCUGGACGUUGUAGAUGUAUUGUCCUUCGCAGGAAAGGUAGAUAUCGAAUACCUAUCUGAGGGCAUUGUCGACGGCGCAUUACCUGAACCUAAAAACUUUUACUGGCGUCAGACAUUCUGUCGAGCAACUCAAAGACUUUCGGACUUGCCCGCCUACUGUAUUUGCAAAAGUCACUAUAACCCCGAUAUACAUGAGUAUGAGCUCAUUUGCGAUAACGGAACCUGUCAAAACAUGUAUCAUUCGGAGUGUUUGGUAGACGACGCUCUCAUCAAAAAGUAUCACGAGGAAUUCCCGGAAAAUGAUACGAGUAACGGAACUCAGACCAAAGAUAAGAAGAAGAAGAAGAAUGGAAAGUCGAAACAGAAGAUCUAUUCUAAAGCAUUCAAGGGGCAAUUCAUACUCGAACACGAUGAGAAGACUCCACCAAUGAUCAAAAUUACGGACAUCAGAUCAAACCCUCACACGGAGACACUGCAACGGGCUGAAUGUCCAAAGUGUUGGACUCUUUUCGAAUGA